CCGUAUUUUUGCGUAAUUUUGCGGCCAUGUGUGGUCAUAUUCGUGCCCCUAGAGACAAUUUUAGUGAUGUUAUCGACCACUGCAAAUAACAAAGUGAAAACCUUGAAGGGGUCGGAGGCCCCCGACGUUGCUGAAAGGGAAGAAAUCGGCCAAGAAAACACGGAUGAUAAGGUCAGAGGUUAUGUUGGUUCGUAUGAUGCAUCGUCUUCUUUUGGCGGGCCGAGCCGAGACGGGCGUUUUCGGGCCCGCGGCCGGGUUACGGAGUUUCGGCACUCGAGAGGCGGCGGGCGCGGCGGCCGAGGCCGAGGCCUGCCGCCCCGCAGCGACCGAGAUCUGGACGGUUCCUUUAAAUAUCACGAACCGUUAGCUCAUACCGCAGCCGACUCCUGGGCCCAAACGAACUCUGGUAAAAGUUUCUACGAGCGAUCUGAACUGGCUAUCCAUCUGCCCGAAGACCCACGAAUAUCUAAAUUGUUGCGUCGCCUAUGUGCCGAGGUGGAUGUUGAAAAAUCGCUUGCCAUAUGCAGCAAGCUGCAGGAUGCAGUCAUGCUUCCAGAAAACGCCAGAUACAUCAGGAGAUCUUAUGACAUACUUGUUGAAUCACUACUUGAUGUGCUGUAUGAUGCUCCAGGGCCAGAAACAAAGGAACAAGCUGCUGUUGUUCUCGGCAGGAUUGGCUAUGUCAUGGGACCAGACUUCCGUAAACAUCUAGAGUGGAUUGAGGCCACAUAUGCAGCACAUAAUAGCUCUAUCAAACACCUGCUUAUACUGUCCUUUUCUGAGACAUUUCAAUUGGACUUUCAGACACCAAAUCUGUCAGAGUUCGCUGAAACAACUCUGGAUCGCCUUCAAGUCAUUAUAGAGGGCACUGACUCAGCUGAUGUCUUUAUGGCUGCUAUAACUGCCAUGAUAGUGAUGUCUAACUCAUAUCCGGAACACUUUGCCAAUCAUUUUGUGGACACCGUGGAUAUUUUGGUCGGCUGGCAUGUAGAUAAUGCCCAACCAAGAAAGAUCAAGGAGUUUGCUCUGCAAUCACUGUUUAAACUGAGCCGCCACUGGCAGGCUGAUGUCGGAUUCUCAGUAAACUUGCUGAACCAAUUUGUUGAGGAUAUGGUUGCUUAUUCAAAUGACCUGGAUUCUAAUAAAAGUGACACAGAUACAGAAUCCACAUCAGCAGAAGACUGCAUUCAGAAGAUAACCUCAUUUCUGAAUGUGUUUAAUACUGUUGUAAAGAGUCUGGGCAAUUUACUCAGCCCUACUACAUCUCAGACUGUCAGCUGGUCCUUCCUGACUGAAUCUUUAACUAAGAUACUGCAGGUACUUACUAAGACAUUGAAAGAUGAUGCGGAACCUGACUUGAUUGUGGCCGGGAAUGAAAGCAUCACAUUACUAUUGCAGCAUUUACAAACUAAAGCUAUGUCAAGCUUUCCCGCUCUGUUCUCACUGAUUUCAAUGGAGAUUACAACUUAUUUGCAUGAUGAAGAAAAUAUGUGUCUCAGUGUCAUUGACUUAAUAUCUAAAACUGUGAAAGAGAUUGCAUCAAACCUUCCUAUUGAAUUUAUCACUGAAACAAUAGGUCCCGAGUCUAAAUUACGCCAGUUACGAAAUUCAGAGAGUGCCCUUGUCCUAAAUGGGGUGAUGUCAGUAUACAGUAACCUUUUGAAUUUAAAGAAUAUCCCACUGUUGCAAGAAACUUACAAGUUUGUACUUACAGACAUACAAAACUCAUAUUCUAUUAUUGUACCUGACAUACAAAUCAUUCAGCCAGAAUAUCCAGAUGAAGUAUGUAAAGAAGAUGCUGAAGGGAAUGUUAUAUUUUACCUGCAAUGUCUUUCCGAGCUUGCAAAUGCGAGUAAUUCCAUCAUUGGUAUGUGGGCGUUGCAGCCAAGCAUUCUAGAACUUCUCGCACUUAAAAUGCGCCCCGAAGAUGAUAAGCUAAGUCAAGACAAACCAGCUCUCCAAUAUGCUGUGCUGUAUUUGCUUUAUUCUCAUUGCAGAAAGAACAAUCAUUUUAUUGCAUCAAGUGAUUUAGUAAAGAUGAAAAACUCACAGCAGAGAGCAAAUGAUAUAUUUGGACUAUCUAAAUUAAACCUUGGAGAAGUCAAAGGCACAAGCCCUACAUCUGGGCAUCUAGCGGUAAUUCUAAACACAUUGAGUGUAAUUUUGGAAAAAGAUGUUUGCAAGGAAACCAUGUUGCUGGUCCUUAAUUGGAUUUCAGACAUACUCAGCCAGCUCGACAAGUAUCUGCCAAUUGUUAGCAUGUCUAAAGGAUUCCUAAUUUUGACCACAAACAUGCUUUCUCUAGCUUACUGUUUUGACGAUGACAUUGUACUGAUUGUUAUGAAAAAUAGCCAGUUGCUGUUAAAAAACAAAAACCUCAGUUUAAAUGCAAUGGUAUUGAAAACUAUAGCAGUGUUGUGUGUAUUACAUAUGGACAAUCAAAAUGACGCAGUUUCGAAUAUUUGUAUGGAAGUGCUUUUUGAACUUCCAUGGGACAUAGUGCAACUAGAGCUUGACAAACAAGUCAUACAAGUAUUUAGAUAUCGAAAAAUGAGUCUACAUUUGCUCAACAAUGAAAGCAAAGCAAACUCUCUGAAAGAAUACCUGUUGAAAGGGUCAUACACAACCUUGUCAAAUCAACAUUUCAAAGCAAUAAUUGAUUGUAUUCUUCAGUGCACGGUCGAAGAUAAGAAUCUACUGCUAAACGCAUUUUUAACUUCGUGGCCUUUGCAUUCUCAAGAUGCAGAUGACAACAAUAUUCUAUUUUUCCGACAAUGUGCCACGAAUUUCUCAUCAAUUUGUAUCAGCUGGGCACUAUCAGAACUGGCUUUGACUACUGUUACCUUAAAAUUGAGGACUGCUCUCGGAAAACCUCAAGAAACGUUUAUGAAAAUAGAAGGAGCACUGAAAGGGAUUGCAAGGGAGACAUCUUCAUUAGAAACUAAACAUGUGACUACAGAUCAGCGAAAUUUAAUGGAUGUGGUUGUUGGAGAGCAAAUGAGAUCCCGCUGGAUCACAGAGUUCAUGAUGUUCCUCGAGAAAUAUAUUUAUAAUGCUGCUGAAGGGACAGCUACAGUACUACCCCCAGUCGCCAAGCCUGUAAGAACUUUCUUCUAUACAAACUGGACAACAUGUCGCGAUUGGCAGAACAGAUUACGGCCGGCGUCUCUUGCUGUUAGCCAAUACGCUGGUCAUUACGGUGCCGCUAUUUACCAUGCGUCAUUGAUUCUACAAACCGCUGCGACCUCUACAACUAAUAUUGACAUUGAAGCAAUCACCAUGAAUCUAGCCCGUGCUCUCAUAAAAAUCCAGGAACCCGAGGUAUUGCACGGCCUCUACGUUUGGAUCAAACAAACGUUUGAUAAAAAGCUGUAUUGGCUAAAGGGUGCUGCAGAACAAGCUAACUCUAGACACGAGUUGGCUUUGGAGUUUUAUACCAAACUAAAUAAUAUGAAAACUCAAGAAGACAAAAAAGAAUCGGGUGAUACACCUCAAACAGAGACUAAAAGCGAGAAGUUCAUUGAUGAACAAAUGAUGGACAGCUACAAGCAUAUACAGAAUUGGGAAGAUAUGCAGGAAUGGAAGGAAAAUGUGAAUCAAAAGAAGCAUAAUUCGCCGUGGAACUCAUUUACAGCACUACGAGUAUUCGAGGGAAGCACGGAAAUUCCCGACGAGCUUACAAACUGGGACAUUCUCGACAUGAAUGCUAAUGAAAUAUCUAAAAACGCUUGCUCCUAUCAAAACCUCAUAAAUAAGAUAGAAUCGACGUUAGUCUGCACUGCUGUCAACGUGUGCUAUACCGAUAACUUUGAGCAAUAUGAACGUUUGCUAACAGAUUGUGACGCUGUGCUGAAAUGUAGCGCUCAAGAAUUUGCUAGGACAAAUGCUGUGCAUUUCAUGAAAGACAUUGCAGUGCUUCAAUUGGCUAAUUUGGGCUUGAGAAAUAUCGUCAAGAGCGGAAAAGUAAUUUCGAAUCCAUUUAAACCCUCAGUUCUAAAAGAACAUAAAUAUGGCACUGACUUUGAAAACCUCAGUCGUAUUCUAUGGUGGAAUCAGUAUUUUACAAAGCUGAACAUGACUGAAGAGAACAUCUUCUAUGCAGAAUGCCUACGACUAGAUGUUAUCAAGAAUGCCAGGAAACAUGCAAAUUUAGGAAUGGCAAAGAGGGAAUUAUUAAACCAUUUCAAACAUAAUCCAGCAUUCCAAGUUUAUCUUGGUAACGUCAGCAAUUUAGAUGAACUGAGCGAGGUAUUGAUGAUGUCAACGAACACUUACGAUUUAGAUAUUUGGACAUUAAACAACACGUCAGCCCUCAUGGAAUUAUGUAAACUAACGUACGCCAAAGAAGAAACUAAAAUGCGAGCCAUCAAUCUGUGCUCGAACAUAUCCUUGGGAUUCUCUCAAAGGCUUGCAAUGGAAGAGCAAAGUUACGAACUGCGUGAAAAAGGCACUCGGAUGCUUUUGACUUUGUCAAAGUGGAUCCAAAGUCAAACUGAAAAUGAUAAUAUCUUGGAGGUAGAUUCGCCUUUAAUGAAACUUGUAUCCGCACUACCCGAAAUCGGUCUUGUCGACAAUAACAUAUCUGAAAAUGUGAUCCCGCUAGCCGAUUCCGCUGUCGGCAAACUAUUGCAGUUUGGAGUCAAUCAAUGCCCAGGACUUGCUAAAGCAUGGGCUAAUUUUGCAGCUUGGUGCUUCAGAUGGGGCAGGAAGAUGGUUGAGUUCAGUUCAAAGACGCGUGAACAAUUAACUGACAAUGAUAAAGUGCAGAUUGAAAGCGUUAUGAUAGGGUGCUCGCCACAGGACUUUGAAGCGGUAUGUGAAAUCCUAUCAAAAACAAAAGCCACUUGCGAUGAUGAAGAUAUUGAUUGGAAUGAGAUCAACACAUCGGAGAUGAUAGAGAGUCAACUUCGCACAGUGCCUUCCCUCAGUAACGCUUUCCCUGAACACCUUGCCUUGCUGGUUGAUAUAUGGCGCCAAGCUCAAAAACGAGUUUUUUCUUACUUCGAGCUGUCAGCAGACGCCUACUUUAAAUUCUUGCAAUUGAUAUGCGCCUCGGAUUACAUAAAUCAUAGCGGUGAAAAUGCAGUUGUGAAUGCUACUUUAAGACUGCUACGUCUAAUAGUAAAACAUGCUAUGGAGCUACAGACUGUCUUGGAAUCUGGGUUAGCGAAUACACCAACACAGCCAUGGAAAGUGAUUAUCCCACAGCUCUUUUCAAGAUUAAAUCAUCCCGAGACCUACGUAAGGAAAUGUGUUUCUGAUCUGCUAUGUCGACUUGCGGAAGAUACGCCUCAUCUUAUCACUUUUCCUGCUGUGGUUGGUGCAGUUGAAAACGAAACGAAAGAUCUGACCGAGCUUAGUGUCGCAAGAUCUUAUUUGUCACAUGACGAAGAAAACAGUCAACCUGAUAGUGACUUAGACGAUACUGCUAGUGACAAAGUCGUAAAUAAUGAACUAAAUUCCUGUUUCUUAGACAUGGUGGAGACAUUAACGAAGCAAGCCCCAAAGACAAUACUUCAAGUGAAAUUGUUAGUGAAAGAGUUGCAAAGGAUUAAUCUUUUGUGGGAUGAAUUGUGGCUUGGAACACUCUUGCAACAUCACUCGGAGUUUAAUAAGAGACUAUCGCAGUUAGAGACGGAAGUUGCUAGAGUUAAAGAUAACGCAAAUCUGAGCGCGGAAGAUAAAGAAAAGCUCAUAAAAGAGAAGCAUCGCAUUAUAUUUGAACCUGUUGUGUACGUAUUAGAACAACUAGAACACAUCACGUCUGUGAAACCGGAAACUCCCCACGAGGCCAAUUUCCAAGCGAAAUUCCAUAAUCUAAUAACAGAAGUUAUCGAGAGACUGAAAAAUCCAACGAAUCCAGAAAAACCACAAGAUUCUUGGGCACCUUUGAAACAGCUGCAGCUUAAGCUCCAACAAAAAGUGAACAAGAGGACGUCUUACAUUCUAAGAAUGUCGGAUAUUAGCCCGGUAUUAGCUGAACUAAAGAACACUGUUAUCACAAUGCCCGGAGUCCACACUAACCAAAGGACUGUCAGAGUAACCAUAAAGUCAGUUGAAAACAACGUAGCGAUCCUUCCAACUAAAACCAGGCCAAAGAAAUUGGUAUUCUGCGGUUCAGACGGCAGGGCGUAUACAUAUUUAUUCAAAGGUUUAGAAGAUUUACAUUUGGACGAGAGAAUAAUGCAGCUUCUGUCCAUUACAAAUACAAUGCUGGCUAGAGAUUCCGAAAACAAUGACAAUCAGACAUACAGAGCCCGUCACUACUCUGUGAUUCCUUUAGGACCACGUUCGGGGUUAAUCAGCUGGGUGGAUAACGUAACGCCACUCUUUGCGCUUUAUAAACGUUGGCAAAAUCGCGAAGCGGCUAUCCUUUCUGCUAAAACCAACAAAACAGUCAACGUGUUGCGCCCUUCAGAACUGUUCUACAAUAAACUGAACCCUCUUUUGAAAGAAGCUGGUAUUCCGACUGAUAAUAGGAAAGAAUGGCCCGUACCUAUACUUAAACAAGUGCUCCAAGAGUUAGCAGCGGAGACUCCUAACGAUUUGCUGUGGCGAGAGUUGUGGUGCAGCAGUGUGUCUCCCGAGCAGUGGUGGCAGAUGGUCCGCCGAUACAGUUACUCGGUGGCAGUGAUGAGUACAAUAGGCUAUAUAAUCGGCCUCGGUGAUAGACACUUGGACAAUGUGAUGGUGGACUUGACGUCUGGUGAAGUGGUGCAUAUAGACUAUAAUGUGUGCUUUGAGAAGGGGAAGACGCUUCGGGUGCCGGAGAAGGUGCCCUUCAGGAUGACUCCGAACUUGGUGACGGCCCUCGGCGUGACUGGUGUUGAGGGCAUUUUCCGCCUCGCCUGCGAGCACGUCCUACGAACCAUGCGCCGUGGACGCGAGACCCUCCUGACCCUACUGGAAGCCUUCGUAUAUGACCCGCUAGUAGAAUGGGGCGGCGCGAAGAAGCGAAGAGGGGAGAGGGACCUUAAAGCUGCCGUGGCUAUGUUGGCGGUGCGAGCCCAUGAGCUGAAACAGCAGUUUGCUGACGUCACGGAACAGUUCCUGGCCGUGCUGCCAGAGAUCCAAGCGAGCGCCGACCAAUGGCUCCAGGAGACAGAAGAACUCAAGUCCAUUGAGACCAGACUCCACGACUGUCACCAGCAGAUGGCGCUGGUCAAAGAGAUAGAGGCGUACGGACCUAAUCUAAGCAGCCAUCCUUUGUACGCUAUCUCGCAGAAAUACUCCUCAUACAAAAAGGCAAAGAACGCAGUCGAGGAUUCCAUGAAAGCCCUCGUUAAGAUACUCAACGAUUUUGACAUUCAAAUAGAAAGCUUCGCAGCAGCCAACGAAGCUAUCAAUGGCCCCAAGUUGGUUACUUGGGUUCAAGAAUUUUCAGGACCAAGCGAAGAUGACGAGAAACCGAUAUUUGACCACAUCAAAGAGUUCCUUGCGAACGCUGGACAGAGCACAAUGAUCACACAAUGCGAGCAAGCGGAGAACGAACUCAAUCAGAGCAUGCAAGAGACUAUAGUCCUUGUUAGAUCCUGCUUAGAACUCCUUUCACAAUACGUGGCAGUGUCUCAAUAUUACCCGCAAACCCAUACCGAGUACCAUAGAGUUGUCAUGUUCCGAAAGUGGCUGGCAGAAGCUUUAGAAAGCAAAUCACCUGAAGUCUGCCGCGAAGUAUCCAGCCAAGUUACAGCUCUAGUCAAUGCUGAUAACGCAAACAAUACUGAACAGAUAGUUGCUUAUAACUUCCAACUACAAACUAUUACUGCUGAAGCCAACGUGAAUUUGAACAAAGCUAUUGAAAGACUGCAAAUACACGGUGGUCCCGACGCGGUAGCAAUAGCUCAAGAGGCAUACAUUGAAGCGAAGACGAAUAUCAGCUCAUGGGUGCGUUCUGAAGAAGGAGCGGGGGCAGCGUUGGAAAGCGUUGUCAUAGGAAUGCUCUGCAACUUGAAUAGAAGAUACCAUCUAGAGAAUAGCGCACAAAGCGCGGGCGACUGUUUAGUCGACUUGACGUCUAGAGAAGGAGAAUGGUUCUUAGACGAUAUGAGCGCUUUAUCAAUGCAAGCUGUUGAACUACUAUCGUUACUUCCUUUACAAUCGGCUUCAGCUGAAGAUGCAGCGAUGCCUGUAGCAGUUGAAUGUGUUCGCAACGCCAACUUAUUGUUAUCUGACUUAGUCCAGUUGAACUACAACUACAGCACCAUCAUUCUGCCGGAAGCCAUGAAGAUGCUUCACCAAGAAGACCCGUCGACGCUGAUGAUGAUCAGUGAGCUGAAUGCGGUGAUCAUGAACACUCCCAUGCCGUUGAACGAGCUGCUCACUCAGUUGGAGAUGAACUUUAGAUAUUUACUAAUGGAUAUGGAGUGCCCCUCCGGCGCCCAAGUGUUAGCCGCCGAGCUCCGCGCCCGCUACGAGGCGCUGCUCUCCGGGGACUCGCCCGGCCGCAUGGUGCUCAUGGGACUCAACGGUCUCUUCGCGGCGGUGGAGCUGAGAGCGCGAGAGCUGGCCGAGCCUCUGGCCGCGCCGGUACCACACGCCUGGAGGAAGAUCGAUCACGUCAGCGAUGCUAUGCAUAUGUCGGCUGCUCUCCAAAGCCCGGCGCUCCGCUCAGUCCUGGAGGACUUGUUCCUGGUGCGUCGCGUGCAGGCCGUGGGCGAAGCCCUGGCGCUGUGCGCGCAGACCGCGGCCGCCUUCCGGGGCUCCGGCCCGCUGGCGGUCUACGACGACGCUGCGCUCUGUAAACCUGUCAAACGGUUCACUGCCGAAUACGUGUCCCGUUGCGUGUUAGGCGUGCACUCGAAGGCGCUAGCCUCGGUAUUAUGCUUGCUGCUAAGAAGACAGCGUCUGGACCUUGCUGCUGAAGUGGAGCAGAAGGAAAUCGGUGCGUCGUGGAGCGUGUCCCUCGAGUCCCUCUGCGAGAAGGUGCUCACCAGCUCGCAAGUGACGGAACGCGCGCGCGUGCUGGCGGCGCGAGUCGCGGCGACGCGCAGCGCGCAGCAACGCGCGCAGCACGCCGCCGCCGCGCGGCGCGCCGCCAGCACGCAGCACGCCGCGCGCUCCCGGCUCGCCGCGCACGCUCAGCUACACGCCGAGGUUUUGGGUUCGAACCAAGAGGCCCCGGUCCUAGCUCGCCGCGCCAGAGAUCUGGCCGCGGCCAUGGAGCGGCUGUCCACCGCCGCUGCGAAAGCGCAAGGGUUACUCACGGCCGCUCAUCAGAGAGUAAAAUGGGGCGCCGGAGCCAACCCCGCGCUCCAAUCCCCGCUGUCAGCGCUGGAGGCGGCGUGGGGCGCGCGCUCGGUGCGCGCGCGGCGCCUGGUGGGUGUGGCGCGCGCGCUGGCCGCGCACGGCCGGGCCGCCGCCGCCCUGCGCACGCAGCACGCCAAGACCGCCAGGACUGCCAGGCAGGCGCUGGCUCACUGGGAGAAGGCUUGCACGCUGUCCCAGAAAUACUCCCUACGUGUGACGGACGCACAACACGCUCUUAUGGAAAUGCUGCACCCUGAAGGCAACAUCGAUCAACAUUGGUUGGAAAGCGUAAACUCCCUUCUAGUCGACAUGAUUGCCUCCCUGACUCGCGACGCGGCCUCGCUCACACAACGCACGAAGACGUCCGCGGAACAGCUGACAGCCAAGGCUGCCAACCUCGCCGCCCCUGCCGCUGCUAGGAACGCUCUAGCGCAAGAUAUCAAACCGCCGCUGCAAGCUUUACAACACGUUAACGAUGGAGCGAAUCCAGCGAGCGAAAUCUUAGCUCUAGAGAAACGAAUCACGGAGUUAUUGAACAUAAUAAAUGACACAACUGCCGGACCCGCGGCGGUGACUGCCGCUGCGGCCGAAUUGGCCGUGCGAUUACCUGCAGUUUACACGGACUUAGCCGAGCUGGGAACGCGCUGGGCGGCCGACACGGGCGCGCGGCGCCUGGUGCGGCAGGGCGCCGUGGGCGCGCGCGGGACCAACGUCAAACACGGAGGAGGGUUACGCAACGCGGUGGGCGCGGGGGUGUGGAAGCGCGUGCGGCUCAAGCUCGAGGCGCGCGACCCCGACCCCGCACGCAGCACGCGCGUGCAGGAACAGGUGGAGUACAUGAUAUCGGAAGCGACUAACGCAGAGAACUUGUGCCUGAUGUACGAAGGCUGGAUGGCGUGGGUCUGAGGGGAGUAUUCCGCACGAGGGCUGCCCUCCCCGCGCCGCGCACGCGCCCCGGCCGCGGCCGGAGACGGUACUGGGUACUGCAGUACUGGGACGUAACAAACACAAAGUCUCACACCUCGACGUCUCGAGGUCGACUUUGCUCGGAGAAGUGAGUAGCCCCCCUCGCGAGGGGCCCCGUCUUUGUCUUUUUCGUUCGGUUUUUUUUACUAAGGGUUUCGGCGGGCGAUGAUGAUGUCGCCCCGUAAGGCGUCUUCGGAAUUCGAAUUCAAACGUCCGGCGAUUUGCUGAGCCUUCGCGACCCGGCGGUAAUUUUAGACUUAGGAGGCCGAUCGACUCGAAAACGGUAUUCGAUGGAAAUUAUACUCGAAAAGAGGUAAUCUUUUAACGGUCAUGCCGCGAAACCUGGCGGCGGUCGCCCGAACAUCUGGGCGACAGACAGACAGAAAUGUCUUAUCCGGUAGAUAUUUCGAAUUCGCGAUUUUUUUAUGCUCUCUAACCGGCUUGGGUUCUGUCCACCUAUUACGACGACGAUAUGCGUUUGACGAUUAUACCCGUCAGUAGCACAAAACGGACAGCCGGGAGCUAUAUUUAGAAUAAUUAUUAUGCUUAUAUGUCAUAUUACUGUAAGAAUCCGCUGACUUAUAUUAAACGUCACGCUUUGAACGCUUUUGAAUUAAAUGAAAUAAACAUUUCCCAAAAAAGAUUUAAAUGACGUGCAGUUUUAGUAUUUAACGCGUCUAAUAUUUGAACAACAUAAAUUAUCAUUCAAAAAGUUAAAGCGCUUGCACGGGUAAUUAAUAUUACAUUUACUUUAAGGAAAGAAAAUAAAUAGGCAGAAAAUUGCAACUUCAAAAGCAUCAUAAUCUUUCAAAAUCCUCUUAUAAAUCGUGUUUUCUUUAAUCAGUUUCAUCAUCAAAUUGCCCGUGUAAGGUUACUUUACAAACCAACAGAGAUUUAAAUGAUAAAUAAACAGGUGUAUCGUCAAUCUAAUAAAGCAAUGUUGAACCACACAAUGCAAUUCUUAAAUUAGAUAUCAAUUUAGCAAGCAAUCAAAAUAAUAAGUUAACCAGUCAGGUUUGAAAACGAUCGACUUUUUACAUUUAAUCAAUAUAUUUUUCGCAGUUUUUGUCACAUGAGAGUGAAAAAUUCUUAUUUUAAAUUGAAAAAUCCUUUCUGAUGUGUAGCAAAAAAAUUCAAUAGAAAUGUAUGCAUAUUGCUUAUCAGAUUCUUCCUUGUGCAAGCGCAAAAGUAGAUUUCAUAAAAAUAAAAAAAAUCCUAACACAAACUAUAUUGACAAGUCUGAACAGAUGAUAAAGCCUUUCGACCAUAGUAGCAGGUAUUUAAAAAUACAUGCAACUAUUUAACAUUUUGACAGUCUUGAAAAUAUGACUCAAGUAAUUUCUUAGUGACAUGCUAGUAGUUCAUAUUAUUAUAUUAUGUAUAUGUUUCAAUACAUUCAAAAGCGUUCUCAGGAACUCAUUUUCUGUAAUACUUUUAAUUAUUAUUAUUUUAGGUCUUUAAAUUAAAAAAAAAAAAAAAAACAGAAAAAAAAAGACUCGUUUUUUGUUAAAUCGUGUCGUGUUUUGAUUAACACAAGGAGAGUGAAUACAUAGGAGUAGGACGUUACUCUUAAAAUCAUAACAUUAUAUUUCAUAACCUCCUAUACUUACUUUUCGCCGAAACAAAAUGUAUGUAUCAUAAUAUCUAGAUAUGAAAUCCAAGAAAGAUCAUUUAGUGACCAUAGUAACGUCAAACUCACACUAUAGGAUAUCUUUUUUUGCUUCAAAAUACAAAGUAGGUAGAGUACCUAAUACCUUUUGAUUCAUUUCUCAAUAAGUAGAUGCCUCUUUUCUCAUAAAUAAUAUGAUAAAAUAAUAUCAAGUAGAUCCAGUGCAGUUAGUCCCAAUCGAAAACAGGGGACUGUAUAUUCUCUAACAAUAUUAUUAAAAAUAAUUAUAUUCAUUGAAUUUACAGAAAAUGAGUUCUAUAUCAUAUUGCCCGCAUUAUUUGUAGUGUCAUGAGUGCCUGGAGAGAGAUUGUGUAGUGUUAAUCUUCAUUCUUCAUAUAUAUCCUAGAGGUGGUUGGGCAGUGGAGCAUUAUGUGGCUAAAUUAUGUAGUAACUAAGAUUUCUGUUAUACAUGUACCUACAUUCAAUGUUUAACUGAAGAUAUGUUUAUAACAUUGUCUCAUAUCAUUAAAUAAUUUGUUUAAAUAGUGAAAUCAUUGUCAUAUUUAAAAUAUGUUUAGAUACAAGUUUUUAUUACAUACCUACUGAAACAAUCAAAAACUCGAUGUUUUAAAAUUAAGUAUGUCUAAAACUGUAUUAAAAUCAGCUGUAUACUUGAAUUAAAAUUUAUUUGUCCUACGCAGUCAUGACCACAGCCAAAUAUCUC